CUCAAUAGGUAAAACGUUCUAGGAGUAAAGGAGGACUGGCUGGGCCUGAUGGUACAAAGUCAGUGUUUGGACAGAUGUGUGCUAAAAUGAGUUCCUUUAGCCCUGAUAGCCUUCUGCUUCCUCAUCGUGUUUGGAAAGUCAAGUUUGUUGGUGAAUCUGUGGAUGAUUGCGGUGGAGGUUAUAGUGAAUCAAUAGCAGAAAUGUGCGAGGAGCUACAGAAUGGGCUGACCCCUCUGUUAAUUGUGACACCAAAUGGAAGAGAUGAAUCUGGAGCAAACAGAGAUUGUUUCCUAUUAAAUCCUGCUGCCAAGUCCCUCUUGCAUAUGAACAUGUUUCGUUUUCUUGGAGUACUUUUGGGCAUUGCUAUCCGGACUGGCAGCCCUCUGAGCCUCAACCUGGCUGAGCCAGUGUGGAAACAGCUUGCAGGAAUGAACCUAACAAUUGCUGAUCUCAGUGAAGUUGAUAAAGAUUUUAUUCCUGGGCUUAUGUACAUUCGAGACAACGAAGCUACUUCAGAAGAGUUUGAAGCUAUGAGCCUCCCAUUCACUGUGCCUAAUGCAAGUGGUCAAGAUAUUCAGUUGAGCUCCAAGUACACCCAUAUUACACUGGAUAAUAGAGCUGAAUAUGUGAGGCUGGCAAUAAACUACAGACUUCAUGAAUUUGACGAACAAGUUGCAGCAGUUCGUGAGGGGAUGGCCCGUGUUGUUCCAGUUCCUCUACUUUCGCUUUUUACAGGAUAUGAACUGGAAACUAUGGUAUGCGGAAGCCCAGAUAUUCCACUUCACCUUCUGAAAUCUGUAGCAACUUAUAAAGGCAUUGAGCCAACUGCUUCCUUGAUACAGUGGUUCUGGGAAGUGAUGGAAUCCUUCUCCAAUACAGAGCGAUCUCUCUUCCUGCGUUUCGUGUGGGGCAGAACAAGGCUGCCGAGGACUAUUGCAGACUUUAGAGGGAGGGACUUUGUUAUUCAGGUAUUGGAUAAAUACAAUCCUCCAGACCACUUCCUUCCCGAGUCAUACACUUGCUUCUUUCUCCUGAAGCUGCCCAGGUAUUCCUGUAAGCAAGUACUAGAGGAAAAACUGAAGUAUGCCAUUCAUUUCUGCAAGUCUAUAGACACUGAUGAUUAUGCCCGGAUAGCGCUGACAGGAGAGCCAGCGGCUGAUGACAGUAGUGAUGAUUCUGAUAAUGAAGAUGCAGAUUCUUUUGCUUCAGAUUCUACGCAAGACUACUUAACAGGACAUUAAAAAAAUAAUAUAAGGGAUAGUUGUCACAAGCACUGAGGCAAAACGCCAAAAUGACAAUGAAGCCAAGGACAGUUUAGGUCUCAGAAUAUAGAGUAUGUAGUCAGAGGGAUGGUAAUCUUCUGAACAUGGGGAAAGUGUGUUUGCUACUCACAGUAGGAAUUAAGGGUUACAGCUUAAACCAUCAGCUUAGAAUAAAUGGCACAGUAAUGGGCAUUUAACAUUUAUUUUAAGAGCUGAAACUGGCCCCCCAUAAUGCUGCACUACAUUUAGAACCUUUGUGUUUACUGAAGUGUUGUAAAUGUUUAUAUAAAUAUGGUAGUGCAGCAUCCAAAAGGCAGUGAAACCUUUCAAUUGUGGGUGCAAUAGGUUUUUUCACAUUAAGUGUUGUGUUCUGUGCAUCUUCUUGAUUGUAUAUUGGAAAUACUGUGCAACAACUGAAUAGUAUUAUAAAUAUUUCAAUUAACUUUACUAGAAGUUUGUUAAAAAUUUUUGGACAUUGAAUUAACAUUAUUCCUUGAAAUUCUUCUAUAGAUAAUAAAAACAGCCAAUAGUUUCACCUCCACCCCUGGUUUGUAUAUUUUAGCUUAUGCAUUAUUUAUCUCAAAUUUGAUACCUUUCUGUGAACAGCAUCAUAAUUCUUAUCAUGGAAAGUGUACUGUAUAUAAUUUGUGCCAUGUAAAUGCAAAAGUUAUAAUUUCCCUCCAAAUAAAAGUUCUGCCACAGAAAAAAAUA